AUAGUAUUGUCCUGGUUAAACCUCUCUUAUCACUUUCAUUCAAAGACAUGGAAUUGAAAUACGUGCUUCUCUUUCUCGCGGCUGUAUACCCCGAAACAAUUGGUUUGAGAUGUCUUUCAUGUCAAGGAGUUUUUGAACCAAAGUACUGUAUCCAGACCAUUCAAUGUGUAGCAGGAGAGCAUUGCUAUACAGAACAAGUGAUCGAUGAUAAUUUAAACGUAUUUUAUAACGUUGGGUGUAAAUCUAGCCAGCUGUGUAAAGUAGCAGUCCAAGAAGGUUUUGGGAAGAGAAGUGGACAAUUACAUGUUUGUGAGAAAUGUUGUGAUACGGACAAAUGUAACAACGUGUCGUGUACACACCCACAGGGUACCCCUACGCAUAACUGCUUACGUUGUCCAGAUGUCGCUAGCCCUCUAGAAUGUAAAACUUUGGGUGAAUGUGCAAUGGAUGAGAUGUGUUUUACACAAGAAUUUGUGAAUGCCAAGCUUGAAAGAAGAUACAGUUUGGGAUGUGAAAAGACAAAGAGAUGUGAACUACUUGAUCAGUUAGUGCCGCAUCAAAGAAGUACACAGUUGUGCAAUCAGUGUUGUCAGAGCGCAAAUUGUAACAAAUAUUUAUGCACAGACAGUAAUACAAAUGUAGCUCAAACUAUAGAUCCAGCAAAGACCAAAUUAACAACUGUACCAGCAAUACAAGUUCCUUUAACUCCCUCAUUUACCAAGUCACCACCGACUACGGCUGGAAAACCAUGCACAGAUUCAGUUAUCAUUAAUUGUAUGGACCUAAAUGCUACUGGAACAUUGUGUACCCCGAAUUCUCCUGCUGCAGCUACAUACUGUCCUAAAUUUUGUAAACUUUGCUAAUGUGCCAAGUUAAACAUCAAUGAGCAGGAAGGAAUGAAAAAAUAAUAAAAUAAUAAGUUGGUCGUUUUAUCUUUC